AUGAUCGAUUUCGUAAUCAGAUUUGGCCCUUGGAUUGCCUUCAUUUUGGUGAUGAUCUGGAUUGUUUCGACAAAUUUAUAUCCUCGAUAUCAAAACUACAGAAGAAAUCAGCAACUGCUUGAUGAAAUUGAUGACAAAUAUGAAAAUUUGAGGAAGAUGAGAGCUGAUCUUAUAUACCACAUAGAUUGGGCAAUUGAUAGAGGAGAAACCAGGCAGGCUAGAGAGCUAGAAACUGAACUUGAAAGAAUUGAUAAAGAACUUGAAGAACUAAGAGAUAGAUAUCAUGCAAUAGAAAAAGGCAAAGGGAGUUCCAACAAGAUCAUAUAA